GCGCCGCCCAGCAAAAACAGGAAGUAGGACCAAAACAAAGGAGCGGCAACCCCGGGCAGACCUCCUUUCUUCCUUCCUUCAACGUUCGUCUCCGCCCUAACCGCCCACCCCGAGGAGCCAUUUAACUAUGUCUAAUAUGGAGAAACACCUGUUCAACUUAAAGUUUGCAGCCAAAGAACUGAGCAGAAGUGCCAAAAAAUGCGACAAGGAGGAAAAGGCCGAAAAGGCCAAAAUUAAAAAGGCCAUUCAGAAGGGCAACAUGGAAGUUGCAAGGAUACAUGCUGAAAACGCCAUUCGCCAGAAGAACCAAGCGGUGAAUUUCUUGAGAAUGAGUGCGCGGGUCGACGCGGUGGCUGCCAGAGUCCAAACGGCGGUGACGAUGGGCAAGGUGACCAAGUCAAUGGCUGGAGUGGUUAAGUCGAUGGAUGCGACGUUGAAAACCAUGAAUCUGGAGAAGAUCUCUGCCUUGAUGGACAAAUUCGAGCACCAGUUUGAGACGCUGGACGUCCAGACGCAGCAAAUGGAAGACACGAUGAGCAGCACCACGACGCUAACCACUCCCCAAAACCAAGUGGAUAUGCUGCUCCAGGAAAUGGCAGACGAAGCCGGCCUGGACCUCAACAUGGAGCUGCCGCAGGGGCAGACCGGUUCCGUGGGCACAAGUGUGGCCUCCGCGGAACAGGAUGAACUAUCCCAGAGACUGGCCCGCCUGCGAGACCAAGUGUGACAACAGAACUCACUCUGAGGUUUCCUGCCUGUAGCUACUUUUUGAAAUGUUCUGUGUACAUUAGAGAGAUAUUAUACACUAAAAACUUUGAAUAUGCCAGAAUGCUAAAAUGCUCUUAAGAUGCUUCUACCUUUGGGUUACAGUGUUCUUAGAUACGUUAAGGAAUUCUGUAUAGCCUGUGAUGUGUAUUUUUAUAGCUACAUUUUAACAAGAUUAGUUCAUCUGGUGUAUAUGAUUCUCAAAAAUUUGAUCACAUCUCUGGUUCCCGUGUAUACAGUUUUCUGCCUGAAUUGUCAAAAUUGAAGGGUGUUUUUAAUUUAGUGAAAUUGAAAAUAUACAAAAUUGGCAUAUGGUGCAUAAAAAUUAAAGAGGAGAAUGAUUGCUUUGAUUACAGAGCUAUCAAUACCUCAUUCAACUUACGGACUGUGCUAUUUCUGUGUAUCAUUUGUUUUUUGCCAUCAAAACGGGACUACAGUUGACUAUUAAUCUGUUUUCAUAACAUUAAAAUUACUUUAGGACAGUCUUGUGUAAUACCCUCUUAUUGUUUACAUUGGGUAAAUUUUUUGUAUGGUAGUUGUAUUUUAUAACAAAAAAAAUAUGCCAUGUAACUUCCAUUAUAAGGAAAAAGUGUUUGAUUGCUUUUUUAUUUGUUAAAGAGUUUUUUAAAAGAUUUACAGGGUUUAACAUAUGGCAUUUCUUUCAAAUGAACUUCUCUAACAUUUCUAGCUAUUUUCCUAUUUCAGCACUUUAAUUAGACUUCUUACAAAAAUACGUUGAUUACCAUGUCAGUCACAUUACUCACACUAACAUUGCCAAAGAACUGUUGGUUGGUUUGAGAAAAUCCUGGGACUGUGUGUUUGUAGGUUUUCUUUUGAUUUUAACAACCAAAAAUAGAAAUAAAAUUAGAACAGCAUUUAACAUUCUAGUUAAUCUGCAUUUAUUAUGUUCUAAAACAACUCAUUUAAAAAUUCUUGGCAGUAUAAGUUGGAAUGUUUUACUUGCCAUGCAGGCAGCUGAAAGUCAGGGAAGAAGGAAAGACUCAGGAUUGAACAGCGUGCUUGACCCUCUAAGGCUAGAUAGAGCCUAGCUGUGCUGCCUUCCACCUUUCUGGAAUGGCAGUGUGUAUUUCUGGCUGAAAAGGAAAACCUGUAGCCUCAAAACAUGAAGAACAUCAGUUUGCUUUUGUGUUGGCAGGUAUGUUAAUCUAAGUUAAGUACUUGUGGAUAUUUAAAAUUCCUCUUUUCCUUCACUGGAAGAUUUCUCUGUAAGAGAAUUCCAGUGUUCCAGAAAAUAAUAAUAGGGACUCUCCCAAGACCAUUUUAACAUGUUUUCCAGGGCAAACAAGUGUGUUUAAGGGGGAAAAACAUGUGCAGAUGAGAACUGAUCUUCAUAUUUAAGUAUCUUUAUAUCUGACUGGUUGUUGUUCUGAAGUCUUCUGUAAGGGACACCUAUCCAUUGUCUGCCCCACAUCUUUCUAGAAUUCCUCCCCUUUUUGUGUCCUAUCCAUGUGAUUGCACAAAGGCAGCUGUGUGAGAACAGCAAGAGUAACCCCUCUUUAGACUGGAAAAAAAUAAUUAAAACUUGGAAAAUAGCUUAGUGUUGAACCCUUUUGUAAAUUGAAGACCCUUUUAUAAUAUAAAUAUUCCCAACAAUAUUAAUAUAUUUUGUGAGAUUAAAUAAUGCUUGAAUAAGCUUGGGCAUUCUUAAAAUAUGUUCAUUUCAAACUAUAUAAAUGUAUAUUUUCAGGAACCAUAAAUAUUACUUCAAAAACAUUAGACCUAUGAAUUAUUUUCUCAUUUUUGCAGUUGAUGAAAUGCUGAAAUGCAAACCACAGAAGUUUGUCAAAUAAAUUAUUUUAAAUUGUAGGUUACUGCAUAUGUUUGUGCAUCCUGUUUUAAAAACUUUUAAAAACUUAAUUCAGAGGUAGGUUUGGUUCAAAAAGCAUGGUGAUUUUCCCAAGCUCACCCUUACCACCUGAAUUUCUGUUCAGUUAGCAUAGAAUUUUCAUGCACAGUUCUAGAAGCCCUAUUACUAGUUCUUUACUAUAAUAGUUUCUUCAAGUCAACAAGAUACUUCCUCAUACUGAAACUUCCCCAGGCUACAAAUAGAUA